AUGAGUGCAGAGCCACCCCUUCCACCGGCAGCUGCGGAAGAACUCAGACACUCUUUCGACACGCCAUCAAUAUCGCGUCAGAGACUGUCGCUGUCCUCUCAGCGAUCCUCCCAACUCAAGCCUGGGGGUUUCAAAGCUAGCCUUGGGCUGCAAAAUAUAGGCCGGAGAGCCUUAGGAAUCUGUCUUCUUCUAGUCACGGUCUUCCUAUGGACGGCUUCAAAUUUCCUCGCCAGCUACAUAUUCGCAGAUAACUCGUAUUCGAAACCAUACUUCGUCACCUAUAUCAACACUUCCUUCUUCGCUAUAUCUCUCAUUCCUAUCAUACUGCGGAUUGGUCAUCAACAUGGCUUUGGACACAUGCGAACGUCGACGAUAGAAUUUUGGCAGGGCCGGAUGAAUGGUUACAAGGGCAUUGGGAAAUCGGAUGGAGAGGAAGAUGCAGAGGAUCCAUUGUCGGCCUCACAGACACGCUUGCUCGUCGACGAUGAAGGAGGACAAGGAGGGCCAGCCUUGAGCAUGUCCGGCGAUCCGCAGCCGCCAGAAGGACAACUCAGCGUACCCGAAACGGCCGUUCUGAGCUUGGAGUUUUGCAUGCUUUGGUUUUUGGCCAACUACCUUGUCGCAGGCUGCUUGGAAUACACGAGUGUGGCCAGCUCGACCAUCUUGACAUCUACAAGCAGUAUAUGGACGCUUAUUUUUGGUGUUCUGUUCCGAGUAGAGGGUUUCUCGUAUAAGAAGCUCAUUGGGGUUUUGGCAUCUUUGGCAGGCAUCGUCCUCAUUUCUUCCGUGGAUCUAUCAGGGAAGGACAACGAUGAGAACCGUGGGAACUUUCCUCACAAGUCUCAGAGCGAGAUUGCGAUUGGAGAUGCCAUGGCGUUUGGAAGUGCUAUUAUGUAUGGCAUGUACGCCAUUGUUAUGAAGAAGCGGAUUGGGAACGAAGACCGUGUCAAUAUGCCGCUCUUCUUUGGCCUAGUGGGACUGUUCAAUGUCGCUUUCUUGUGGCCUGGAUUCAUAAUCUUGCACUACACGGGGGUAGAGGAAUUUGAGCUGCCUCCUACGGGAAAGAUCUGGACUAUCGUGCUGCUCAACUCAGCAUCCUCAUUCAUCGCGGAUUACUCUUGGGCGUAUGCAAUGCUCCUUACUACCCCAUUAGUCGUAACAGUAGGAUUAUCAUUGACCAUCCCGCUAUCCCUAGUAGGGCAAAUGAUUUUGAGCCAUCAGUACUCGAGUGCUCUGUACUGGGUCGGGGCAUGUGUGGUCCUCCUGUCAUUCUUAUUUAUCAAUCAUGAGAGUAAAGAGGAGGAUGAGUCUCAGGUGGCGUGGCAUGAUGAGGAAGCUGCUACUGCUUGA